UCUUUCGCCCAUCAUGCCCCCCGAAGGAGCCGGUGUGUGUGUGUAUGUGGGGGGGGGCAGGGAGAGAGACUCGGCUUCCCGUUGUGCAUUGCGCGCAAACUACGAAGGGCCGGCAGGAGGCGCCUCCCGUCAAGGGGCGAAUGCCGCCGGCGGCGAACAAGAACGGCCAGGCCGCGCUGGGCCUGCGGCCGCGAAAACCGCUCAGGCUGGCGAAUGGCUCCGCGUUGCCCGCCUCCGCCGCUCGGAAUCCCGGGUGGUUCUGGAGCCCGCUCGGCCUCGUCUCGCUCCUCAGCUUCGCCACGCGCUUCUACCGCCUGCGGGAACCGUCGCACAUCUGUUGGGAUGAAACACAUUUUGGAAAGAUGGGAAGCUAUUACAUUAACCGGACCUUUUUCUUUGAUGUCCAUCCACCUCUGGGGAAGAUGUUGAUAGGACUUGCUGGCUACCUGAGUGGCUAUAAUGGCACAUUUCCUUUCCAGAAGCCAGGGGACAAAUAUGAACAACACAAUUACAUAGGAAUGAGAGGGUUCUGUGCAUUCCUGGGUUCAUGCCUAGUCCCCAUCUGUUACCUCACAGUGCUGGAGCUGUCCAAAUCACUCCCUGCAGCAGUGCUCACAGCUGCCAUUUUGAUUUUUGACACAGGGUUCAUCACUCUUUCUCAAUAUAUUCUGCUUGAUCCUAUUCUGAUGUUCUUCCUUAUGGGAGCCGUACUCAGUAUGGUCAAGUAUAAUUCCUGUGCAAACAGGUCCUUUUCUGCCCCCUGGUGGUUCUGGUUGUGUCUGACUGGAAUAAAUCUUGCGGGUGCAAUGGGUGUGAAAUUUGUUGGGCUUUUUGUAGUCCUCUUGGUUGGAAUGAACACAAUCUGUGAUCUUUGGGAGUUGCUGGGAGACCUCAGCCUCUCGAUGGUCACUCUCGGGAAACACUUUCUGGCUCGUGUACUCUGCCUCAUUAUGCUGCCACUUGCCCUGUACACAGCCCUGUUUGCUGUUCAUUUCACAGUCUUAAAUAGAAGUGGGCCUGGUGAUGGCUUUUUUAGCUCUGGAUUUCAAUCCCGCCUGAUUGGUAACAACCUUCAUAACGUAUCUGUUCCAGAGCACUUGGCCUAUGGCUCUGUGGUAACAGUGAAAAACCUUCGUAUGGCAGGUGGCUAUCUUCACUCGCAUUGGCAUCUGUAUCCUGAGGGAGUUGGGGCACGGCAGCAGCAGGUCACUGCAUACUUACACAAAGACUUGAAUAACUUGUGGAUUAUAAAGAGGCACAAUGUGAAUGCAGAUUAUUCUGACCCAUCUUUCCCUGUGGAGUUUGUGAAGCAUGGAGAUGUUAUCCGUCUGGAGCACAAAGAGACGUCUAGAAACCUGCACAGUCAUCACCAUGAAGCCCCUUUGACUCGAAAGCAUCUUCAGGUCACAGGAUAUGGCAUAAAUGGAACUGGAGACUCCAAUGAUUUCUGGCGAAUUGAGGUUGUAGGAAGAAAACUUGGAAAUCGCAUCAAAGUCCUACGUAGUCAAAUCCGUCUGAUUCAUGUGGCUACGGGCUGCAUUUUGGGCUCAACUGGAAAAACACUACCAAAGUGGGGCUGGGAGCAGGUAGAAGUGACUUGCACUCCAUAUCAGAAGGAGACGCCUAAUACUCUCUGGAAUGUUGAAGACCACAUCAAUCCCCGGUUGCCCAAUAUCAGUUUGGAUGUUCUGAAACCUUCCUUUCCAGAGAUUCUGCUGGAGUCUCACAUGGUUAUGAUCCGAGGAAACAGUGGCCUCAAGCCAAAGGAGAAUGAAGUCACAUCUAAACCUUGGCACUGGCCCAUCAAUUAUCAGGGCCUCCGUUUUUCUGGAGUCAAUGAAACAGAUUAUAGAGUUUAUUUACUGGGAAACCCGGUGAUUUGGUGGAUAAACUUAAUCACUAUUGGAUUGUACGUUGUAAUGGCAACAUUUGUCUCCAUGGCUAUAAAGAGGGGAGUUCAGCUGACAACUGAGCACAAAGAGCUUUCUCAAGUCCUGUUGUAUGGUGGAGGAAGAAUUAUGUUGGGAUGGCUGCUCCAUUACUUUCCCUUCUUCAUGAUGGGCAGAGUGCUCUACUUUCAUCAUUACUUCCCUGCCAUGCUUUUUUCCAUGAUGCUGACAGGGAUUACUUGGGAUGUAUUCCUGAAAUUCUGUGCUGGGCCUCUUUCAGCCAAUAAUCGAAGAAGGAAGGUUUAUAAUUAUGGGAUAGCACUGUUGAUCUUGCUCAGUAUGUACAGCUUCUACCUCUUCCAUCCUCUCUCCUAUGGAAUGGUAGGACCUCUGGCUUCUGAUCCCAUUAGCCCAAUGGCAGGGCUCAGAUGGCUGGAGACAUGGGAGUUUUAGAUCCAGUCUGAAAGAAGAUGGAGAUAGAACAGAAGAACAGAAGUGGUGAAACCAUCCCAGAGUCUGCUUCCCAACUGCUUUUCUGUGCUGACUCAGUUGACUAUUUACCAUGCACUUUAAGAAAGAGAGGAGACAUCCACAAGGAAGAACCUCUCCUGUGGGGCCUUGGACUCCAGUUACUUGACUUAACUUCUACUUUAAUGUUCAAGCCAACCAAGCAAUAUAUUGUGUGUCGAGCAGCUAUAGCUUCCACAGGAGUGUCAUGUUUUGGGUCAGACUGAGGAUGCAUGUGUUUUGCAGAGGUGUAGCCUAUGUCUGCCUCUAUCUUCUCAUGUGUGAUUAGAGAGAGCACAGGAAAGAUUAAGCGUGUGUAGAGAGAAAACAAAUCUUUAAAAAUCAGGGUAGUUUACAUCCAUUUAUUUGGUAAUGUUUUAGAAGUUAUAUGUGUGUACAGACAUGUUUGUGUUCCUAGGAGAAUUCCACAGCUGCUGCUCUGUACUUCAGAAACUUGAACUUAAAUGUUUCAGUAGCUUGAGGUCUUCUGGGAUUUGUACCUUGCUUGUCCUUCAGACAAGAGGCAAUGAAUUGUCCAUAUUUUUGAAUAAUGCCUGUGCUCUCUGAGCACAGAUGACAACUUAUAGGAGCCUUACACGUGUAGGUGGCUUACAUCAAAUGGGGAUGAAGUCAUGACUUUCCCAGCAUUACACUGCUUCUUUGUUCAAAAAAUUCUAAAGCAGAAACAGCUGCUAAUUUUUAAAUUUUUGUAUGUUUCCCACCCUAUGUUUCUUUGAUGGGGAAGUAUGGUGCCUUGGGAGGGAUGCAAAAAUUACAUAAGCGGCCAAACCUGAUUCUGGGAACUGUCAUAUUGUUUCCCACUAAUCAUUCUUCCCAUUGGGAAGCUGCUAUCUUGCUAAUCAAUGUGUAGAGUAGGAAGAAGAGGCCACUAAGUCUGAAAUACUGGGUCAGUGAUACUUUAUUAAAUGCAUAUUACUCUUGAAGAUAAAUUAAACCUCUUUGAUGUGGUCAGCUGUCUGGAAAAAGUGAGUUCAGAAGAAAACUCUUCAGUUCAUUCCACUUCUGGUGGGAAGAAGGGUGAGCUGUUAACUAUAGUUUUCCAGAGCAACUUUGGAUUCAGCUUCAGUUACACAGCAUCCUUGAAGCCUCUUUUGUCAAUGAAAUGGAGGCCAUGCAAGAGUUCAUUUUAGCAUCUGUAUUAAAGCUUCCUAUUCCAUUUGUAUCAUCCAUCACCACAGAGCUCUUUCUGUUGGCAUGGAGACUAAAUGCCAACGACCUCAGGAGAGGCUGGACUGUUGUGAUGUAUGUUGACUGUUGGAGACUCAGGCAGCUAGAUUCAGUAAGGGAGAGGAAAUGCAAGACUAUCGUUGGCUAGGUUGUCUUAAUUAGUUUUAGAGUGCCAUGAUCAGUUUCUUGAAUCAGUUUCAGAAUAGCAAAAGUGAGAGUGGGGCAUUCCUCCCUCUCUAGUGCAGUUCUCUCUUUGCCCCCAGAGUAGCUCUAGAGGGCUGGGAAAUUCUCUGGAGCAGGUUUAUAGGUAGCACACUGUAAAGUUGCAAUGAAAAAGUGGGGAAGAGCAUUCCAAAAAUUGUGACCGUGGAAUGCUGAAUUUAGUUCUGUAGCAGUAUAAAGGUUCCCAGACUUUAAUGUGUACCUCUGUUGUUCACAACUAUUGCAAAUCACUGCAGUGAGAUUCUGAUUUUGAUAGACUUACUAUUUCAUGAAGCAGGAAGAACCCUCUCUGUUAGCUGACUUCAACCAUCAGAGAUCAUACAUAAAGAAAAAAGACUGCUUUAUUAGUAUAUAAUGGGAUAUUGGAAAGUAAACACAAUCAGGAUAUUGGGAAAAUCAAGCAGCUUCAGACUUACUAGUCUAGUGUGCUGUCACUUAGAACAAUGUCUGAACAUUUUACUUCUGGUCUGUCUGAUAGUAGGUUUUAGUCAAUAUUGCUGGAUCGCCUUUUUAACACUUGUAGUACCAAUUACAGAGCGAAUGUGUAGAUCCUGUAGGGCAAAGCCAUGGUCCUGAGUUAUUGUGAUGGAACAUGCAUUUGUUGGGUACUUGUAUGUUCCUUAGCUAGGGAACUCGUGGUCUUCCAUUUGGUAGUGAGUGUUAUGGACAUUACUGGUGUUCCUAGUCCAUCAUAGCUUUCUAUCCAUCUGUUCCUGUCUUACCUGGGCUUUGACAUCUUGGCUUAAUAAAUUGUUUCUGUCAUGUAGAAUAAGUUAACAGCAGCCCAUCAGUGUUUUGGGAAUCUGAUCCCUCUUCUUUCAAAACUCUCAGAAUAUUUGAUGCAGAAGAGACAAGAGAUCACAUUACCUUUGGCUCUGCAAAUAUAAUUUAUACAAGGGUUUUUAUAUGAUCAUUCAUUUCCCUACCCAUGACUACAUCAAUAUGGCCUAGGUUCAGGAUACAAAAGCCAAAUUUGCAUAUUUAAAUAAAUUCUAGAACCCCUUCUUCUCCUCCCACCGCAGUGAUCUUGCUGGAGUGCUAAGAAUUCUAUCAUGGUGAAAAGUGUGGCUAAAUAAAAUGUGUGUUUCAAGGAAUUUUGAGAAUUUUGCUUCUUUCCUUUUAUACUAAUGUAGGGAAACAAUUAGGAUUCUAAAACAGAUGUGGACAAGGAAUACAUAUGUAUAAUGCGGGACUUUGGAUGGGCAAACCUAUUUCUGUGCCCUGCCCAUCCCUCCAAAAUAUUUUUCGUUGAGAAGCUUUUACUGAAAAAAACAUAAAGAAAUAAAACAGUUGUGCUCUAGUUGCAAAGUAAGUCACUUUUUAAAACUUUUCUAGAGGUGUGCCCUAACAGACAUGACAAAAUUGUGUGGAUAUGUUUAUUAUAAUAUUAGAAUUGCAUAUACAGUAAAUUGUCUCUCAUGUCCCCUAGUGGGCACAAGUGGCAUUUUGAACAAAACAUUAAGGGACGGGCUGCAUUACCCCUGUUCUACAACACUCCUAGGAAAUAAGAAAGGGAAAAUCAGUAAUAAAAACAAUCUCUUUGGUCUGAGAUGGCCCUAUGAUAGCUCUCUCCCUAGACACUGUCCUAAAUAGGCUUCUUAUGAUGUCUGUUAGGUUCUAGAACUUCAUGUCCAGUGUGAGACAGACUAUUGUUAAACAAACAAUUGUGCUUUUAUUUAUGCAGUAUCUUAAUUAGGAAGCAUGCAGGAUUAUAUUAUUCAUUCCGAAAUAUAGAAUCAUAGACUAAUGGUGUUGUAAAGAGCCUGUACAGCCAGUGAGUCCAACCCCCUGCUCAAUGCAGGAUGGUUAUCCAAUUUUUUUUCCUCUUGAAUGCCUCCAGCAUUAGAAUGCUCAUCACCUCCUAAGGUGAUUGUUUCCAUUGCUGUACUACUCUAAUAGUUAAGAUUUUUUUCCUGGUAUCAUGUGGUACAGACCUUCUUGAAGGAUCACAUAUUUGAAUUUUUUCCACAUAAAAAAAAAUGAAGCCACCAUGGCACGUUGACUUGGCUUAAUCCUAUUUCCAUGAUAUGGUAACUUUUCACAAGUAUAAACUUUGUGAUAUGGAGGAACAUUCAUGCAAUCGCACCUGUUCUGAAGUGAGGCCUGUGUCCAUUUGGGGGCAAAUGUGCUGCAAAACAGUCUGUUCUGGGUUCAAUUCUCAAAGGAGUAUUUAGCAACACUUUGCAUGAAUGGAGAUUUCCUUCUGCCCAUGGAGCCUUUGCUUACCAUGUUUCCAGCAGAAAACCAGCAUACGUAUAUUAUUUCUGGAUCUAUAACUUGGUGGCUUCAAAUAAAUGAUGUAGACUCUGCCUUAGGCAACAGUGGCUGAAUUCUGUUGCUAAGUGUAGUAAAUUGCAACUAGAAUAGGCCUAUUGAAUCAGCAGUUAUUUGGUGAGUCAAUCCUCUGUAAGUUC